AUGAUUACAGGUGGCUUGAAACACGGUAAUGGUGGAAUCGCGAGCGCCAGUAGUUCGCGCAGUACGAGUCCAAGCCAGCAGCCACCACAAGGAUUGUCCUUUAUCCCUCAACCGCGGACUCAAAACACAAAUCGGCAGCCCACAGCCACCACACCCAGCCCCCGAGCAUCAACAGUGGGUCGACCGAGCGUUCUCCGGGCUCCUCAGCCUUCUCCGUACGCGUCGCCUCCUCCCGCACCGGUCCAAAACAAGAACUCGGUGCUAGACAAGUUCAAGCUCUUCAACAACAAAGACAAGAGCCAAGAAAAGGGCAAAGCUUCUUCAGGAGUCUCCAAGCGCACUUCCAGCUCCUCCGGGUUUUCUUCCGCGCGCUCCGAGCACUCUGAUAGCUCGACCUCGCUCUGUGACCAGAGCCGGAACCUAGUAGAGUCUCCGAAGACUAAAACUUUGAAGUCCAAGUUACAGUCCAAGCAAUCUGCGAAGCAAUCCAGCCCCAAAUCUGGGCGGAAAGACCAAACCAAAGCUCAGAGCAAGAUUGUGAAGAAGGGCUCGGAUAAAUUGAGUUACCCUCCGCUGGAAGAUGCCAAGUCCGCGAUUAAAAUUGCCAACAUUCACACUAACACCGGCAAUUCCAAUUCUAAUGCCAAGAUUCCGCUAGAGAAGGAAAAGCGUCCGAAUAAUUUAGAGCCGCUGAAGCAGCAAAUAGUUCCGCAGAAGUUUAAUUCUGCUUUGAUUCCUCCUGGGCACCAGAAUCAAAAUCAAAAUCCAAACCAGAAGAUUAUCCAGGAGAUUGCUGGGAAAAUAUCCACCAAGGUUGAUCAGAAGGCUAUUCAAAGGCCGAAAAUGGAGCUACCGAGCAAGAUUAAUUCCCCGACAAUGAAGGUUCCUGUUAAUGGACUGAACAAAGACUCUGUAAAAGGAUUCCCAACUUGCAAUGGAGUCAUUGGAGCUUCUCCGGUUCGGGACAGCGAGUUGGAAAAAACUAUGAGCAUGAAUUACGCUAAUUCAAACUUCUCCGAAGAAAAAUGCUUGGAUAAGAAUUUUGACGGCAAUAUGGACGGUAAUAAAAAAACUGAGGUCGAUAAUUUGGACACCUGCGUUAUCGAUAACCACAAAAGCGAAGAAAAUGACGGCAAUGAUUCUGCUGGGAAUGUUAAUGCUAAUUCGAAUGUUAAUAAAGCUUCUGCAGAAAUGAAUUCGCAGAAAAUAAGCCCGUUUCCGAACUCUGGAAAUGGGCAGACUGCGCCGGGGCUGAGUCCGGGUUCGAGUAUUCCCAAACCGAUGGCGCUGGUGAAAGGAACCACUAAGCCGCCGAAGGAACCGGUUCCUGCGAUCCCGAGCGCGAUGAAGAUGAAGCCGGAUUCGGUCCACAGGAAACUGGACCCUAAUACCGUGGCGAUGGUCUCGCCGAUGCCCAGUAUCUCGGAUUUGAUGUCCGAGAGCUCGCACAGUAACUCGAAUAGCACGGGCCAGAGUAAUAGCAGUGAUAGCAGUGUUAUCUACAGACCUAGCAGCGAGAGCGGAAGUGAUAUUAAGACUAUUCCCAACAGGAAAAUUGAUACUACUUUUGAGCAGAUGGAAAAGGUGAGCAAACCGGUGUUAUCGGAUAGCUGCGGUGGUAAUGUAGCAGAUGACGACACGGAAAUGACCGUGAAACCGAUGCAGCCGCUGCUGAGAGGGUACACACCAGGUGCUCGAUGUCUCCAAACUCUUCCGAGCCGUACGACCGGCCGGCAGUACACAAUCCUCCACUCAUCGUCUCAUCAUCACGUUGCGCAAGAUUACUCCGACAUUGACAUCGCCUCAGGAUACUUGAGCGACGGAGAGGUGCUCAGAGGGGCAGUGAACAUGGCCAACCGUACGGUAUCGGAUUUAUGCGACGGGUACAUGUCUGAAGGUGGUGCAUCACUCUAUUCUCGGAGGAUCAAUCCGUCUUAUGGUCACGAUCAUGAUAGGUACGUGAGCGGGUCCAGGCGGGAGCUAUCGGGAGUGAAGGAGCUCGUGAGCACGAGGAGGGUGCAAAAAAGCAGGCAUCCGACGUCAAACAUAACUCGGGAUGGAUCAUCAAUCGGGUGCGACGGAAUUGGAGUCGGAGUCGGUCUUCUAGGAGGCUGCAGUGGCGGAAGCGACGCCCUGGCAGAGCUCACCAUUGAGGACCUGGCUGCUAUCCCCUCUGGUAAUCACGGAUCUCAUCACACGGGGCAUCCUUCGCAUCAUAAGUAUCGAUUCCAUCAGCUCUUGUGA